AUGGCUUCGAAGCUGCAGGUGCCGGAGCUGACAUGUAUGGACCCAGAGAAUUACAGAAAAUAUUUCCAAGUUCUUUGCUGGGUAGCAAAUAGAAAACUUGACAAGAAGGCACAAAAGAAGAUAGGGAAGAAGGAAAGAUUGAGAAGAUUAAAGGCAGCAGGUUCUGUGGGUGUUUGCUUUGCACCAGUGCUUUUACGGAAUCCAUCAUAUUUCGCUGUCUUUGCGGCAGUACGAAAGUCACUAUUAUCGCGUUGGCGGCAACUGCGCUCCGCUUAUUCGGAAGGUUCUGAUGAUAGUGACAAUGAGGAACCAUCUUGCAGUCAUCAACAGGUUCCACCAAAAGUGCCAAAGAUCACCGGCAUCGGGCUGCGAAUGGUGUUCACACUCAUAUCGCAGGCCAGGUUCUCCGACGCGCAGUUCUGCGAGCACUCGCUCAAGGCGCUCCUGGACGUGCUGCAGGGCCAUACCCCCGAGGAGAUGGCCCACGAGCCCAACGAAAUAAUUUCGACGCUGCACGCAAUGCUGGUGGAGAUAGCCAGCGGCAGCGGCCCCAACGGCCGCUCGGACGUGCCCACGGCCCUCACCUCCCUGAGCAGCUCCUGCCUCAUCGCCCUCUCGGUGGCCAGGGGCGAGGCGGAGCUCAUACUGAACGCGGUCGCCUCGCUCAUCAUGACCGCGCCGACAUUGUCCGAACAGUACAUGCAGAUACCGACGAAUUUGACAACGCUGCAGAGGAGCGUCCAGUCGGCGCUGCUCGGGGCGUCUGCGCGCAACCAGUGGCUGAGCUACGGGGUGCCGCACCAGGCGCUCGCCUCCACCUUCCCGGUGGACCUGCCGUCGCUGAUGACCUCCGGCCCCGGGGAGCUCGUGGUGCGCGCCCUGGCCUCCGACGGGUGCUUCCUCUACGUGUACUCCUCCAAGGGCCUGCUCAAGAUCGGGUCCGGCUACGGCAGCUCCAUAAGGCAGCACGUCUAUCUGUACAAGCCCGAUUUCUUCGCUAGCGACCGCCACGGUUGGCUGGGGUACUGCAAGAACAAACUGUACGUGAGGAUCGGGAGGAAGAAACCGGAAGUGUACGAAGUGGACGAAGACACAUUGGAAGUGAGGAACAUGAUCAAGCUGGAUCCCGCAGCUCCAUGCGUCUCCGAAUCCAAGACCGCCGUGUUCACGGACGGAAACCAACUGGGGCUCAUCCUGCUCUCCAACUAUGACAAUCUGCUCGUGCGGAUGUACGACACCAGCUACGAGCAGUACGAGGGCUCGCCCGUGACGCUGGCGCCGCGCAAGGAGCUGAGCGUGCACCUGCUGCGGCGGCGCACCCUGGCGCUGGGCAGGGCGCCCUUCGAGGACGGCAUGUCGCGCAGGUCCGCCGACCUGGACACGCCCAUCGCGAUGCAGUUCGACGACAACGACGAGGACCCCCUGCUCGGCAUCUACGCCGGCCAGGACUUCGGCCUGCUCACCACCGCCACCGGCAAGGUGUACUACACUGGCAAAGGCACAAGCCUCGGCUAUAAGGUUUCGUCGCCGCACAUCGGCCGCUGGACCCUCAUGAAGGAGACGCUGUUCAACAGGAACGAGCCAAAUGUGAAGAAGUGUAAAGUCGUACAGGUCGCGGUGGGCCACGAGGGUGUCCACGCGAUCUUGGUCCUGGACAAUGGGACUGCCCUCUUCACGGGCACCGCCCGGCGCGGCGAGGACGGCGACAGCGGCAAACAUCGCCGAACGCCCAAACCGACGCGCCCCAAGAAAAUCACCAAGGUGGACGGCCACCACAUUGUGUACGCGGCUUGCAACUACGGCUCCACGGCGCUGGUCACUCGCCAGGGCGUCCUCUUCAUGUUCGGGAAGGACACUCAGCACUGCGACGCCAACGGUAUUGUCAGCGGCCUGCGACACGAGCGAGUCAUCCAGGUGGCACUCGGUAAAGCGCACGCCAUCGCCCUAACGAGGUUCGGGCAGGUGUACACUUUCGGUAUCAACAACAAGAGCCAGUGCGGCCGCGAGUUUGGCUACAUCAAAGAGAAGAUGUGCCCGCGGCGCACCAACAAGGAGGACGUGCGCGUGUGCGAGGAGGCGCACGCGUGGCUGGCGGAGUACAGCCGCGUGUGCACCCUCUGUCGCUUGUGCACCGCUUUUGGAGCAGAGUGCCACUGCAACGCGAUGCCCAUACGCGUGCCCGGCGAGCGGUGCGGUUGCGGUGAGGGCGAGGGUGGCUGCGGCACGUGCGGCAUCUGCCGCAGGUGCGCCGAGACCUGUUCCACUGCGCGCCAGGAGAAGCCCGCCGCCGCCGACGCCUACGAGGAGGCGGAAUCCGCACAAGCGGCGGAGGCGAAACACGUUGUCGAGGCGGGCAGCGAGUGCGGCCCCUCGAGGGGCGCGGAGUCGGAGGCCGCGUGCGCCGGCCCCUCCGGCGCGGACGCGGAGCGCGACGCCGGCGUGAAAGUGAGCAGCCUGGCGCCGGCCCGGGUCGCCGUGCCGGGCGGCCAUCGCGUGGUGGUCGUCGCCUGCGGCCUGCACCACUCGCUGCUGCUCACCGAGCACGGUACUGCCGCGGACGCGCUUGGGACCUCCCCCCCCCUCGUAUUUGGGGAGUUUUGGGGGGGGGGGGGGCAACUGAAUUCGGCAGGCGAAGUGCUGGCAUUCGGCUCCAACCAGAUGGGUCAGCUGGGCGCUGGUGACGUGGCGGCGCACCAUCGCAUCGUAAGGGUGCGCGUGCCCAGGGCCAUGUCAGUCGCGGCUGGCAGCAACCACUCCGCAGUGCUGACGCGGGACGGCGAGCUGUUCACCUUCGGGUUCUACCAGAAAGGCUCCCUCGGGCGACCGAGGAGCGAGGACCCCACCAGACCCGAGCGCUUGCCCCUGUGGUUCGCCACUCCGGGGCGGGUGCCCCGCCUGGGCCCGCGGCAGGCCUGCAAGGCGGUCUGGAUAUCGGCCUCGGGCGACCAGACCUUCGUCCAGGUCUCGCAGUCGCUCAUAAAGACCGAAACGCUCUUCAGCUCCACCAUCACCGCGAACAACCACAGCAUCGUGAUUCUUCCUAAUCGUCCAGAACACACAUUCAAAUGUAUCACCAUCAACAAAGUGGACGGCUCAUGUAACACAUGGACGGGUUCCGAGCAAGUGGAUUUCGUCAACACUUUGGCGACCCUCGACCCGCUGUACGAUGUCCUCUGGUGCUACCAGCCUCAGAUGAGGGUCAUGAAGUGCUUUAACAUCCUGGCCUUCGACGCGAAUAAUUUGCAACGUUGCUUCAACGAUCCAGACUUCACAGUGGACGAGUUUGAGUACCCCAACUAUGGAAUAAUGAAGAGGCUGGAGGAUUUCAAGGACUUGGAGACUUUCGAGAAGGCCCGCAACAGCGACGAGAAAGCGCCAGAGAAUUUGGGGAUCACGAACACGUCCGUACUGAACCAGGACCUGGCCAUUCCCCACGUGCCGGAAUGCUCCGUGACCAGGAUGCACGCCGCGCUGCAUCUGAUUGGCUGCCUGGACACCCUCACCUACGCCCACGAUCACAAGCUUACGAUAACCGAGUAUAAGGAGGAGGCCACCGUGGUGCCCGUGGCCCCGAUCAUGGAGGACUUCCUGACUGUCAACCGUUUCGAGAGCCACGGCGGCGGAUGGGGCUACUCCGGCCAUUCGGUGGAGGCGAUACGGUUCAUGUGCGACACAGACAUCGUACUGGGCGGUUACGGUUUGUUCGGCGGCCGCGGCGACUACACUGCCAAAAUCAAACUGUACGACAUCGGUGUCGAUGGCGGCGACCAGGAAGACGACGGCGAGGUGCUCGCCGAAAGCGAAGAGAUCGUGUACGAGUGCGCGCCCAGAGAUCGCUUCCCGGUUCUGUUCGACACGCCGGUGUCCAUCACGGCAAGUCGAUGGUACGUGGCUUGGGCCUGCAUCAACGGACCCUCAUCAGAUUGUGGUUCGACGGGCCAAGCGAUGGUGAUAAACGACGAUGUGAGCUUCCACUUCAAGACGUCCAAAAAGUCCAACAACGGCACGGACGUGAACGCCGGCCAGAUACCUUGCCUGCUCUACAACGUGGUGAGCACCGACCAGGCGCUGCCCGCCCGCCACGUGGAGAAGUUCGAGCCAGUGAUCGUGCUAUCCAAAAACGUCUCCAGGAAGGUCACCGUUGCCUGUCUCAAGUCGCUCAUCACCCUCAUGAGGUGGUGCUGGAUGACUUACAGGGACAUGGUGAUCGAGACCAACGGCCUGGUGCCGAUAAACUACCAGAAGUUGACGACGAUGAAGCACCAGAAGCGCCUGGUGUACGUGGUCAAGGCGUGCCUGCGGCUGGUGAGGUCGUACAUAAACGAGAUCUACCCGCAGAACAACAAACGCAGGAACUCCCACGAGUACAUGUUAUACUUCGAGGCGAUAGGCGAGGUGCGCAGCUUUAUACAGCAAAUGAUGUCGGAGGCGACGCCCACCUGCGCGAUGCUGCCGCGCAGGCCCACCAAGACGAGGCUCCACAAGGUUUGCCUGGUGCAGUUCGCCCUGGAGACGACCAACUCCAUUCUGCAGGAAGCGCACGACACGGUUGCCGCUUGCUAUCACGCGUUCUUCCCGACGCCGACCUUGAAGUGGAACCAUCUCUGCUCGUUGCUCUUCCAAGUUAAGGACGGCAACGUGCCGCCGGCUCAGAUCCGCGAGCUGACGUCCACUUGCGCCGCUAUGUGCGGCUCCCGGAGCCUUCUUGACGUUCUGCAGCACAUAGUUCCCUUGACGCAGACCUGCCUCAGAGCGGAAGAGGCGCGCCGAGCCGACAAAGCCGAAGCGAAGGUGCAAAAGGAUGGACCCUCAAAAUCGGCCACAGUGCCGCGUUCUUCGCACCCGCAGAAACCGCCGCCGGUUCCGCCAAGAACUAACAAUAGAGAACUACAGAGACGGCAAGACUCCGCGGAAUCCAAGUCCUGUUACAUGGGCUGGCACCUGAUGGACGUGGUGCCUCGGCUGCUCGACAUCGAGCGCCUCGCGCAGGCCUGCAGCAAACUCAUUGCUCGCGUAAUAGCGGAGCUCUCCCACUGCGCCACUGAGACGCGGGAGGAGAUGGACACGAACGCGGUGAAGCACCUGAUCACGCCGUCGCGCUUCAUCCGCGUGAACCAGAACCGCGCGUGGAACACUGGCAACGGCAGCCCCGACGCCGUCUGCUUCACCGUGGACCGGCCCGGGGUGAUGCUGGUCGGCGCCUGCGUCUACGGCGGCCUCGGCCACUACGAGUACACGCUCGAGCUGCUGCACGACGUUCGUACCACCAUCGAAGAGCCGAAACCUACACACUGUUGGGUCAGCGUCGAUGUCAUCCACGGCACAUUCAACGGUGCCGAUUGCCAGCACGACAUGAUGCCCAUCAAAUUUGAGCAUCCUAUACCAUUGAAGGAGGAGUACCGCUACGCGAUCCGGCUAUGCAACCACGGCGGGCGGACGGUGAACGGCGACUGCGGCGUGCCCUCCGUGAAGGGCCCCGACGGGACCACCUUCCACUUCGCCUCCUGCUCGCUCAGCUUCAACGGCACCACGUUAGCCAGGGGACAGAUACCCUCGCUCAUCUACUACGGCACGUCGAAGCUGCUCACGAACGCCGUGGAGAGCACGGACGCCGUGCUGCACACGCUGCGCACGAUGACGCUGCGCGUGGCCGCCGCGGCGGUGGAGCGCAGCGCGGAGCUGCUCGGCUCGCUGCGCAACGAGCUCUCGGCCGAGGAGCUGCGCAGGAGCGCGGCCGCGUUGCAGCGCUCGCCCGCGGUCGACUCGCUGCUGCCCGCAGUGCUCGCCAACCUGGAGGCGCUCGACGACACCAAGAGUGCCGUCAAAUUGCUGGAGAUGAUCCACAAGAUACUGCCGCACGUGGCGGCGAUGAAUCUGUUGAUGCCGAGCGGAGAUGACCUGGCCUCCCCGAAUACCCACUACUACACAUGGGUAGAAAGUGAACACCCAUACAAAGAGGCCACAGUCACCAACAUGAGAGUGCUGUUUCCGCCGACCGUGUCGUGGGUACUGCUGGAGAUGGACCCGCGCAGCGUUACGGCCCAGCCCGAGGACACGCUCACGAUUUUCGCCGCCGCCGGCACGCCCAAACAGAAGUGCCAAUGUACGCAAGAUGCACAAAUCUCUGAGUCGCCCUUCCGUAAGGUAUACAAGCGGCUGAUUCAACUGUCCCCGGACGAAGGCGAGCCCGAAGACCUUGCUGACGACGGCGAUGCGGAGUCCAGCUGUACCCACCAUAACCGCUCCUACAUCAGCGUCACUCCGCGCCUCUCCAACGUGGCCUCGGAGUAUCCACAGAAAGCACUUUUGGUGCCAGGAAAUGAGGUGAUAUUCUCAUUAGAAACUGCGACGGACUAUCUGAGUGACUACAGUAAGAACGAGAACAACCGGUCGGAGAGCCGCUACGGCUUCCGCUGCCUGUGCGUCGGCUACGAGGACGCGCCGUUCACCAGCCAGCGCCAGGGGCUGCUGCUGCUCGAGAUGGAGCUGGUGUACGCGGGCGCCGCGUGCGCCUCCAGGCUGCUCGCGCCGGACCUCGACCUGCCGCUCAUGUCGUACGUGACCCUCGCCGACAUCCAACACCUGACGACGUGGGGAGGGCCGAGGGAGGGGGAGCCGCCCGUCGACAGUAACGAGAUGAUGUUCAUCAUGCGCGGCCUGGAGUUGUCCUCGCCGCCCACCAUCCAUCAGGUCCUCGACGGGCAGCCGCUGUCGCGG